GCCUGUGCUCUACUGAGUAUGACAUUUGUUUAUUUUUCUGCUUCUGAAACAAAACAUGCAAUGAAGCCAUUGUCAUCUCACAGCGCCAUUAUCUCAUUAGCUACGCCUGCUGGCAUGCCCCCACUUAGAUUAGUCACACUUGCUGCCAAUAGCAGUCCAAACCUCCUCAUUACUGCUCAUUGUUGGAUUGAUAGCCGGUGGAUCAAUGCGGAGAACUGCGCUGUUUUGUUCCACACGGUCUUUGAUUUUGGAGAAUAAUGAUGCAGACAAAAAGGAUGAGUGAGGAGCAGCUCUGUUCGUUUCACUCUCUGGCUUUUUGUCCUGGAGAGACUGCAAUCCGACAAGUGCAAUAAAUGUCUGCCAAGUGCUCGAUAGGAUGCUAGAUCUUAAAAAUGACUCUUCAAAAUGAACAUUGAAAUUGACGUGGGUCGUAAUAGUCUCUUUAACCAUCCCAGCCUGUGUUCCGCUCGCCUUGGUAAUAAUGUCAGACUUAUUUUCAGUAAGCGAUAUGUGCGUGUUCCAGCUCGAUCAUGUCAUUGCUCUCGUACUCUUUGGGAAUCUGUCACAGUAACAAUCACAUUAUAUUUGUUUCGCAGGCUUUUAUGGACUUUCUCUAAGCUGUUUACCAAAAGGAAAUCCUGUCUGGGCUUUGAGACACAGGAUGGGAGAUCCAUGCGGAAAAGAUUUAGCAGAGGAGAAGGAUUCUUCGGCAGGAUUGUCGCGGGGAACGACUGCUGCCUGCAAGCAAACGCAAUGCCGGUCAUAAAUGUAGAAGACCUGACAGACAAGGACAAGGCUCUCAUGGAAGUGAACCAACUUAAAAUUGAAGUGAAACUUCAGAGGUGGUUGACUUCGAAAUGCUGUGAGGAGAUCAAGGACUACAUUCAGGCCGGAGUGGAUGAGGACACUCUUGUCAAAGGCAUUUCAGAGGAGAAGAACCCAUUUAAGGAGAAAGGUGGCUGUGUCCUUUGUUAGACUGAACAUGAAGUGUUCUUCACAUCUCCGAUUAGCAGCCAAGGACAUUUUUCCUGCCCUCCCAAAACGGAUUUGCAGACUGAGAAGACUAGAAGGGCAUAACGGACAUCAGAAUUGACUUCUUUCUAAAUUACAUUCCGCAGCUUCUAGACAGACUAUCUUUUCAAUUUCUCUAAAAUUCUUUAGUUUCUGCAAAGGUUGUAUUUAAUGCUUCCCUCUCAUAUGUAAACUGAACCAAUGUGAUCCCCCACACACAGUGACCUCAAUAAAUGUGCUUGUUUAUAACUCAA